GGGAUUCAUGGGAUUUCGGAGCUGGAUGGUGUUCGUUCGUUCCUGGGCUGGCGAUUGAGGAGAGAGCUGCGGGGAAGGGAAGCAAAUAGCCCAUCCUGUAUUUGUUGGGGAUGGUGUGCGUCAAUUAAAAAAACCACACCAUAUCACCCCUCCACAUCCUCCUACUGUAUGCCAUACCUUCCUGUACCAUCCAUCUGACCGCCAAUAAACUCCACCUGUGGUAAUCUAAUCCCUGGAUGUCAGCCUCUCCUUCUGACCGAAGAUAGUUACUAUUGCAGCACACCCCAGCAUUAAACUGACGUACACCAUUCUGUACAAAGUGGUCCUUCGAGCCGGAUGUGCUGCACCUGCAUGACAUGGCUGCCUCCAGAGAUCAGGAUGAUGCACAAAGUCCCCGUCCUAGCAGGAGCCAUCGAAUCCCUGGACAUCUGGAGGACUAUGAGUUGUCCUACCGUACCCGUGGGCCAAGGCUGUCACCCAAUCUAACAGAGGAGGUUAUGAUGGCACCGUCAAACUCCCACUACACAAGGAGGCCGGAUGUGGAAGAGAUAAGAUGGCGAAGAAUGGAGGAUUGUCUGAUUAAUAUCCAGCAUCAGAUGCGAUCUCUGCAAGUGACUGUAGCAGAGUCCCGUGACCUUAACAAACGGGUGCAGCGACUAGAGCAGCUCACCCCUCCAGUGCCAAAGGGGCCAUUAAUGGAGGUGGAACCAAUGGCUUCAGCUGUCUCUACACCAAAUCCUACGGAGAGGGAGCCCAAAUCGAUUCAGGAGGGGGAGAGAAUUACAGAGCCCGUCCUUGUGAUGUCAGCUCCUUUAGCCCUACUCCCUGGCACUUCCACUGCACCCGUUGGGCCACCCACAGAGCUCUCUAUGGAAAGAUCAGCGUCUGCUCCGAGAUUCACUUCACCAUGUCCUGACUAUCUUCUCACACCAGUGCAUCCAGCAACUCCUGCUCCACCUGCUGUAGCCAGCACUGCAGCUCCACCAGCAAUACAGAUGUCUGGGCCUCCUGUGCCAUCGCAGACACCUCAACCAGACCCUCCCUUAGUGGCCCAGCCGGCCACUAUGCAACCUUCUACUGCAAAGGAGGACGUCACUCGGGGUUUCCAGCCAUGGAUCCCCCCACUUCGCCCUCUGCCUCAACAGCCUCGAUAUGCUUCAUUCCAACCUGUGCUAGCUGCACAGGGACUUAGACCUCCACCAGGUAUGUUCCCAGCAGUAAACCACACGAGUUCAGAACCCAGUAUGUUGGAAAUGGUGAUUGCAUCCUCCUAUGGCCUCCCUAAACCUAAGCUCACUGUUUUCAGUUCUGGGAAGGAGAGUGACUUUGCCUUACUGAAGAAAGGACUGGAUAGUGUUCUUGGGCCUCACAAGCACUUGUCCGAGGAUUACAAGUAUCAGAUCUUGCUAGAUCACUUGAAGUUCCCAAGUGCAUUCCAAGUGGCUAAACGCUACAUCCAUGACCCAACUCCAUAUACUAGUGCAAUGAGGGCUCUUGAGCAGAAGUACGGCCAGCCAAGACAACUGGUACAGAGUGAACUCAGCGCCAUCCUGUGCACACCACACAUAAAACCAGGUGACUCACAAGCCUUUGAAGCUUUCUCCCUGUCAGUUGCCAGUCUAGUGGGGAUGCUUACCACGAUGGACGGGGUGGCAGAGAGUGAACUCCACUGUGGAUCCCACGUAGACCGAUUACUCACCAAACUCCCUCUGAGUUAUCGGGAUAACUUUGCAGAGUACUGCCUUAACCGAGGGAUCCUGCGGCCCGGAUCAAAUCGCACUUAUACCCUCUAUGAUCUAGCCGAGUGGUUGGAGCGCAAGACCCAAGCAAUGCAGGUCUCCCGACGGGCCACGGAGCUGUAUGCCUCAGAGAAGCCCUGGUUGGAGGGGAAAGUCAGUAGGCACUUGGAAACAAAACCCAAACCCAAGUUGGCCUCUGUGUAUUAUGGACCUGAAACCACGGCCACCAAACCACCUGCUUUGGCCCAUCCAGGUCCGAAGAAUGUUGCAAUGCAGAAGAAAAGAGAACGUUUCAAGCCUUACUGCCCUUUCUGUGAAGGGACAGAGCAUUACUUGAGUGGAUGUAAUGAGUUCUCCCGGCUGGAUGUGGCUGCGGUUGUGGACUGGAUCAGAGACAAGAAUAAAUGUUGGAGGUGUGGCAGGAACCAUUCUGCUGACAACUGCACGCUCAAGAAACCCUGCAGCACCUGUGGUGAGCAACACCUCCUUGUAUUACAUGGCCUUGCCAAGGCUAAAGAGCAGAACCCCAGUAUCCUGACCAUGUGCACAGCAUCCAGUGUCAUCUAUGUUGACCAUUCCAGUCACUCUGGGAGAGUGAUGUUGAAGGUGGUAAGAGUUCAACUCCACAAUGGGAAAAAAACCAUGGACACCUAUGCUGUGCUGGAUGAUGGUUCAGAGAGAACCAUAAUAUUGCCUGCUGCUGUAAAGUUCCUCGGCCUAGCCCCAACAGACGAGACUCUGGCCCUCCGAACCAUCAGGCAGGAUGUCCUGCAGCUGCAUGGGGGAAGCCUAUCAUUGGAGGUGUCCACUAAAGCUAAGCCGAAGGUGAGGCAUCAAAUACUAAAUGCAUUCACAGCAGAACAACUGGCUCUGGCAGAGCAAUCUUGCCCGGUGGAAACACUCAAAAGGAAGUACAGUCACCUGCAACGACUUCCCCUCACAGGUUUCAGCAAGGUGAAACCUAUGAUCCUGAUUGGAUCAGAUCACCCGCACCUUAUCACUCCGGUAUGCCCAGUGAUUCGUGGACCACCUGGAGGGCCAGUAGCAGUCUGCACGGAGCUGGGGUGGGCGCUGCAGGGACCUGCCAAGAGUCUUCCACAUCCAGCGGCUGGACAGGCAUGCUUGCACUCAUCAUUCAUCCCACAGACAUCAGAGCUCUCCAAGGAUGUUGAGAGGCUAUGGCAGCUUGACGUCCUCCCUUUUAGGAAUGAAAAGGAGGUUACCAGGUCCAAGGAGGACCAGCAGGCAAUCGACAUUCUUGAAUCCAGGACAGUCCGAGUACAGGUAGAGGGAGUCCACCGAUAUGCUACUCCCUUGCUGCGCCGCGCAGGGUUUCCUCAGGUGAAGGCACCUGAAGGGGCUGUCAUGGCUCUUCUGAGAGCCAAUGAGCGUCGGCUACGCAAGGACCCCAGCAGAGCACAGACAUACAACGAAGAGAUCAAAAAGCUGGAGAAGGCAGGCUAUGUGGUAAAGCUGACUCCGGAGGAGGUGCAUGGUUCCACUGAAUCCUGGUACAUUCCACACCAUCUUGUGCAUCACAACAACAAAGCCCGCCUAGUCUUCAACUGCUCCUUCCUGUACCAGCAAACUGCCCUUAAUGACCUCCUGCUGCCAGGCCCCACGCUUAGCCCCUCACUCCUUGGUGUGUUAAUCCGAUUCCGCCAGCAUGCUGUGGCCAUAAGCGGUGACAUAAAGGCCAUGUUUCAUCAGGUGCGCCUGCUUCCCGAAGAUCAGCCUCUACUUCGCUUUCUGUGGAGGGAUGGACAGCAGGAGCGCCCACCUGAUGUGUAUGAAUGGCGAGUGUUACCAUUUGGUACAACCUGCAGCCCCUGCUGUGCCACUUACGCUUUACAGCGGCAUGUGCGAGACCACCGUGAGGGGAAUGAGGAGGUGUAUGAGUCUGUCCAUACAGCUUUUAUGUCGACAAUUGUCUGCAGUCUCUUCCGACUCCCUGCCAGGCUAAACAGCUACUGGACCAAAUGA